ACGAGGGUUGCCGGAUCCCGAGAUGCGUUACCCGUGGAAGGGAGCCAUCACGUGGGUGCUGGGGAUUGAACCGUGGUCCUCUGGAAGAACAGAUAGUUCGCUUCACUGCUGAGCCACCUCCACCCUGGGAAGUCCCUAAACCUCGACUAUUUUUCUAAAAUCCCAGCACUCAGGAAAAUUAUGCCUUGGUGCUAUAUAUAAGAAGCACGCAGAGGUCCUAGAAGAUUCUUCGUGACUUGGCAGUUGAGGCAGGGUUGUAAAAAAAAAAAAAAGAAGAAGAAGAGCUCUGAGAAAAUGACUUAAGUUUUUCUAUAAUCUGCGCUGCUCUCCUACCCCGACAGCCUCGCUAACACCUCUGGAGGCAACGCCACCCGGAGAGAAUAUAAGGGGCAGGCUGUAAAGAGGCACGCCCACAGACCAAUCAGAGUGCAGCAUUCAAUCAGGCCACCUGGUAGGCAGCCAAUAGGAAUGCAGUGGGCUCUAUAAAAGCCGUGCUCACAAGCCAUUUUGCACCCUCGAAGGAGCAGGGAAGGAAGGCGCUUCAGCAGGAUGGCACGCACCAAGCAGACCGCGCGGAAGUCGACGGGAGGCAAGGCUCCACGCAAGCAGUUGGCCACGAAGGUGGCUCGCAAGAGUGCACCGGCCACUGGUGGCGUGAAGAAGCCGCACCGGUACCACCCUGGUACGGUGGCGCUGCGUGAGAUCCGCCGCUACCAGAAGUCGACAGAGCUGCUGAUCCGCAAGCUGCCGUUCCAGCGCUUGGUGCGUGAGAUCGCCCAGGACUUCAAGACGGACCUGCGCUUCCAGAGCUCGGCCGUGAUGGCGCUGCAGGAGGCCUGCGAGUCCUACCUCGUGGGGCUCUUCGAAGACACCAACCUGUGCGCCAUCCACGCCAAGCGGGUGACCAUCAUGCCGAAGGACAUCCAGCUGGCUCGUCGCAUCCGCGGAGAGCGGGCCUAGACCUCACAGGCUCCUCAUCCUUGCGCUGCCACCGACCCAACGGCUCUUUUCAGAGCCACCCACUAAGUCUGAAGAAGUGGUUGUAACCUUCCAGAUCCCAUCUCAUGCCCCCUUGGUGUACGGGACAGGUUGGCUGGGAAGCCGAGGGAACGUGCAGGGAUCGGACUAGUCGGGCUUAGCCGCGAACCCUUACCUGUUAACCUGCUUGGUCUGCAGUUCUGUCCCCGGUUUAACUAGGCCUUCACUUAAAAGGUGUAGUAGCCUGAAUAUAGCACAAAGUUGUGGGAACUGAGUCCAGCUUCCGCAGGCAGCAAAUACACUGCCACCACCAUGGUGUGUGUUUGCAUGGCGUGCUGACUGGAAGUCUGCAUUAACUCAUCCAGUUGUGUUAGCUGUGCAUUAUUUGGAUGAGGUUUAAGAGGCUGCUGGCUACUCCUCUGCGUCUAAAGUUAGCCUUUCUCCUGUGAUGGAAAGCACUUCGUGCUUUAUUAAACUCUAGUCUGUGUUAACUUUGCCCAUCUUUAGGACGGCUAAGAAAAGUUUCCAGGGACACAUCCAGAGGAUCCUGUGUUGUAUAGACUCCAAAUUUCCAUUUAGGCGAGGGAAGUCCAGCUAUUGUGUUGACUGGGCCUAAGUAGUAAGCAAUAGGAACCUCUAGUCCAGAAGUCCAAGAAGGUGUUUUGCCCUGAAAUUUUAUUCUCUGGGUGUCACUAACCUUGAUUUCUCAUAUGCCUAGUACUGAGUAACAGGCUUCUGAAUCAUACAAAGAGCUGAUGGUGUCCUGGAGAUGAUAGGCAUCUGGAAACUAACCAGCCUGUGCAGAACUUAAACUGGGAAGAACCUAAUUCAACUGCAUAGUGGAGGCCUGAAGGGUAAAUAGCAUGAAUAUAUGGCUGUGAGGUUAUUACAAAAAAAACUUUACUUUUUAUAGUGAUCUUUAUAUAGAGAACUUUAUAUAGUGAGAUCACUUAUUAAUGUCUUUGUUAAAUACAUAACCAAGGACUAGUGUUGGAAUAUGAUUAUGUUCCAUUUUGUGGCCCAUUGAUUUCGAAGUGCUUAGUGCACUAUGUUUUGGCAUCGAUGGUAAAAAGUACUCCUAGCAAGGGGUAUGCAUGAGAUAUUAGUAUGCAUCUGAAGAGUUCUGAAACCCAUUAGGUCUCAUUUACUCAAAACUUAAAGGCACCACGAAUUUAGUUUUCGGUACUGGAGGACGUAUAAAUUUUAAGAUGUGAGUUAAUGGCUGAUGAUCCCUGGAGAGCCAUCCAAAAAGUUUAGAAUGCUCAGGGACAGCUGUCCCUUUCUCUCAAAUCAUCUGUACACCUAAUGCUAUUUAAUAUAUGUAUAUAUAUAUAGUCUGGAGCUGAGGAGAGAGCUCGGUGGGUACAGUGCUUGCUACUUAAGCAUGGAGCCCUGAUUUUGAUUCCCAGGUCCCAGAUAAAAAGCCGCAUGCUGGGGACACAGAGCCCUGGGGCUUGAUGGUCCUCAACUUAGUCUACUUGGCAAUUGAAAUCCAGUUAGAGACCCUGCCAAAAAAGAAAGAUAAAGUGGGGUUAUACAGACGGCAGUUAAGAUGCUUGCUGCUCCUCCAAAGCCCUAGAGUUUGUUUCCCAGCACCCAUCUAGGGUGGCUCCUCAUCGCCUGUAACUCCAGCUCCAGGGAAUCCGACACUGUCCUCUGGCCUCUGAAAGCACCCACAUACAUGUACACAAGUGUACUAGCAAGUGUGCACAUGCAAACAAUAAUAAAAAUUAAAAGGUGCAAGGCUCCCAUGGAACAAUAUCCAAGGUAGGCUUCUAAAUUCCACGUCUUCUAAAUUCACCAACACAUAAAAAUAAAAUACGUAAGUAUGCACGUGCGUGCAUGUGUGUGUGUGUGUGUGUGUGUGUGUGUGUGUGUGUUUGCUCUCUCAAUAUAUAUAAAGUUACUUUUUCUGAUUUGUGAGCCCCAGGGAUAGGCUGUCAGGCACUCUAGGAAUGGAACUGCCCAUUGACUAAGCCACAUCUGGAAACUUCUAGAACUUUAGUAGAGUAGCAGAAAGAAUCUUGGGACUCCUUGUGAGCCUCACCCUCUAGCCAGCCCCACCACCCUUACUGUUUAGUGGCAGGCUUCCCCAGAGCACACACAGUUGACCUCCAAGGACCAUCUGCAUAAAAUGCUUCUCUGGACCUGGUCAGAUAUCACAAUCUAAUUGUGCUGGCAUGAAAAAUCACUUGAGAUGUGGUACCCAGGAUACACUGAGCACUCACAGUGUUCCCCUGCCUUUGGGGGUCUUCGGGGCUGAACUCAACAUUCACAUGAGCACUGGGAAGGCCUUUUCGAAUUCAAAACAAGAGAAUCUACGGACUUGCUGUACCUGUAAGUACAGUGGAAAUUAUGAGACUCUGGAGCCAUUGGUCACGAGGGAAACUGUCCUGCAGAGAAAGACAGGUGAUCACCAACUUGGGUAGUGAGGCGCUGGACUGGCCUCAGAUCAGCCAGUUACUGGGGACCAUGGCUGCCCUGUUCCGGAGACCCCAUUUUGUAAUGUGUCCUAUCCCAACCAGAUGUGUGGAAAUAGACUCAGAUUAGUUGCGUGGCUUGCUUGAGAUGCACAGCGUCGUCUAGAGUCAGGUAGAGAAUGCUGAAGUCCGAUGCUUUUCCCUCCAACCUCCUGUAAGUUAAUAACACAGAAAAAGACUCCAGAGAAAAAAUUCCAUGUGCUUGCAAAUGGCACAAUGCAGGUUGGACCCAGAGUGUGUUAUCUGGACCUGGUGUAUCCUGUGCUGUAUCAAGACAACCUCAGCAACUUCUGCCUUUUCUUCAAGCCCCUCUUCCUCUCUUGGUCUAGGGAAAGCUCUAGAGUGGUCUGUGUGGCAGUCUCUUCUAAGAGCC